AGCUCGACUUGGAGGUCCGGAAAAGCCGCAAUUCCGACACGGGGUCCACGGCAUCACCGGAACGUUGAUUUACAGCGGCAUAUCGGAACCAAGGGAGUAGGGAUCUUUUUACAGAUACCCUUGAUGGACAACAGAUCUUUACUCACGCUUUAUUGAGUGACAGCUUGUUUUGCACCGUAGUGAUAGGAAAUGAGUCCUCCAACUUCGUUUCGAGCUGUCUACAAGCAGCCGGGUGAACAAGAGAUUGACGUUGAUGUUUACCUGCCUUCUGUCGGGACUGACUCUACAAAAUGUCCAGUCCUAAUUAACAUCCAUGGAGGGGCUUUUAUGCUCGGGUCCUCCAAAAUGGUCAACAAAGACCAGGUAUCAGAUUGCCUAAGUAGAGGAUGGAUCGUCUUGGCACCAAACCAUCGCCUUUGUCCCCAAGUUAAUCUCUUGGAAGGUCCAAUGCAAGACUGUCGAGAUCUCCUAGCUUGGGUUUACGACGGAGGUCUCGAAACACCUUUACGCAAAGCAAGCUCAACACUAGUACCGGAUCUCGACCAUGUGUUUGCCUUCGGUACCUCUUCUGGUGGGCAUUUAUCACUUUGUUUGGGCUUUGGCGUUCCUCGUCCAGUUGCAGGAAUCUACGAUAUGUAUGGCCCUAGCAACUUUGCCGAUGACUUCUGGACGACAAGACUUGAGGGCAUGAAGCUACCACCAGGACUCAAAGACUCAUUUAUCAACAAGGUAUUUGACGAAGACCCAGUUCCCAUCACUGGAGGUGUCUCUCUCGAAGGUCAGGCAACUGGACCUCCAGACUUUAGCGACCCCCGCCAAGCAUAUGCCCUGACACAACUGGCGAACGGCACUGUCCUCGAUGCCAUCUUCCCUUCAAAAGACUGGAGCAAGGUCGACCCAGCACUAAACGUUGAUUCUUCGUUUCCUCCAACCUUUAUAGUCCAUGGUGCUGCAGAUACAAAAGUGCCGAUUCAUCUGAGUAGAAAGCUUUUUGAUGUGCUGAAGCAGAACGGUGUUAACUGCUGUAUGGUGGAGGUUCCUGGGGAGGAGCAUACUUUUGCGGCGAAGAUGGAGGUUGGAUCUGUUACUUGGAAUCUUCAGCGACAAGGCUUUGACUUCCUUGAGUCUUUGAUUAAGUAGCUUAUUGUGAAUUCACUGUUUAAUAGUAGUGCCCCUUUACUGGCUGGAUUGUUGUUCGAUAGUCGAAGCUUAUCGUAUCUCAAUGAGUAUAUCCUGUCAACAUGGUGAA